AACCAGAACCUGAGUACACAUUGGACUUUGUAAUCUCAUCUGAAUCCGAAGCUUUAUCGGAACCUGAAGCCCUAUUAGAACCUGAAGCCCUAUUAGAACCUGAAGCCUCAUUGGAACCUGAGUCCCCAUUGGAACCUGAGUCUCUGUUGGAACCUGAAUCCCUGUUGAGACCUGAAUUCCUGUUGGGACCUAAAUUCCUGUUGGGACCUGAAUCCCCGUUGGGACCUGAAUCCCUAUUGGGACCUGAAUUCUCAUUGGAACCUGAAUCCUUGUUGGAACCUGAAUCCCUGUUGGAAUCUGAAUCCCCGUUGGAACCUGAAUCUCCACUGGAACCUGAAUCUCCACUAGAACCUGAAUCCCCAUUAGAGUCGCUUUUUCAGUAUAGCCAGGAUUAUGCCUCUCUUGAGGCCUUUAAAUAUAUUUCUGAUCAAUACGCUGAAGCAAGUGGAUUUAAAGUGAUUUUCUUAAAGGGUAACAAUCGUAGCGAUGGCUUGCGCACUACUCAAGUUUUUGCCUGCGAUUGCUCUGGUGUCACAAAUAAUGGUCUUUCUUACUGUACUGCUGGUGUGUUACUUCAGAAUAAAACGUCCUCAAGUUUUGAGUGGCUUUUUGAAUCCUUUGUUCAUAUUUUUGGCACCGCACCUUAUACUAUUCUUAUGGAUAAUAAUCUCGCAAUGUCCGAUGCUAUCUGUUCAGUCUUUACCAAUAAGCAUGAAAAUGAUAACUAUGCUGAAGCAAAGUCGUACCUGGAAGCUCUUAGUCAAUGGCGUGAAUGUUGGGCCCUGGCAUAUUUAAAGAAUUACUUUUUCGCUAAUAUGUCGUCAACACAAAGAGAGGAAUCGAUGAAUAGUUUGUUAAAAGGGUUUAUCGAUUGUAAGACAAGGCUUACAGAAUUUUUGGCCAUCUUUGAACAUGCACUUGAUCUCUGUGAAGAGGCUGAGCAUAUUUCUGUCUACAAGGAGCUUAAAAAAUUUGAGGCUGAGUGGAGUGCGAAAGAUGCAUAUGUGUGUGAAGAAAUAACUGAUUAUAAUGAUGUGCAUUGUUUCAAAUUGUCACAUUAUGAAAGGCCUGACGUUAUAUGUCAGGUUUACUAUAAUGGUCGUGUACUUUCUUGUUGCUGCUGUAAUCUUGAGUUUGCUGGGAUAGUUUGUUGGCAUUCUCUUGCAGUUGCAGUUUGUCUAUCUCUCACUUAUCUCGAUCCUGUUCACUUUCCAAAACGAUGGCAAAAAGAUCUGCCCGAGUUGGAGCUUACAAAAGACUAUGUCAAUUUUUAUAGCUGUUUACAAUCACAAGUUUCAGGAAUUUUAGCAUCGCAUAAAUCAUCUGGUGAAGGGGAAAUUGCAAGCAAAAUUGCAAUGGACUCUGAUAAAUGUGCAGAUUUUACGUUGUACCUCGAGAAGUAUUUAGAAGCGAUAUAUUCUGUUGACGAUGAUCUUGGUUCUACUUCAGCAUCCCUGGAGCUUCCAAUAAUCAACAAUCCUAUAAAGAGCAAGGCUGGUGGAUGA